GAAGAAGUAUUUGGCGGCGGAAAUUCAGGACCGUUAGGGAAGCGCAUCAGACUGAGUGAUCAAAACAGAGAUUUGCGCCACCGCUGCUGAUUCUUCUUCUCUCUAAUAAGACCUAGUCACUCCGGUGAGGUCAGCCAUUUCCCCCACCCAAUCAGAGAUGAGAAAAAAAAAAAAAAAUACACCCAUUCAUCAGCUUUCUUUGUCCUAUUUUCCUUCAAAACUCAACUCGCCUCUCUGAAUGCUCUCAUUCUUAGUAAAUGCAGCAGCUUAAUCAACCAUUAUUUGAGAAGUUGACAAGAAAGGCUGCUUCUUGGACUCUGCAUUCAUUCUUGGAAGAAGAAGAAGAAGAAGAAGAAAACUAUUUUUGAUUAGUUCUGUAAAAAUGCUACCCUCUUGUGCUCCACCAUCAUCCUUCCAGGAAACCCUUCUUUCAUCUUCCUUCUUUGGCAAUGCACUUGGAAAUGGCCAAUCAAAAACUGCCAUAUCUAGAAUUCAGUUGGGAAACAUCAACUUCCCAAGGAGAAAAUUGGAACGGUUCUCUGCUUCUUCUGUUCUUGCUGAUGUUAACAAGGAUUUCAUGACUUUCAGGGCGCAUAUUUUGCCACAACCAGAGGCAGACCCCAAAACUGUUGCCUCUAUCAUAUUAGGUGGUGGAGCUGGAACUCGGCUUUUUCCACUUACUAACAGAAGGGCUAAACCAGCUGUACCGAUAGGGGGAUGUUAUAGGCUGAUAGAUGUGCCCAUGAGUAAUUGCAUCAAUAGCGGGAUUAACAAGAUUUACAUCCUCACACAGUUUAAUUCUCAAUCUCUCAACCGCCACAUUGCUCGGACAUAUAAUUUUGGAAAUAAUGUCAAUUUUGGUGAUGGCUAUGUUGAGGUAUUGGCAGCUACCCAAACACCUGGUGAAUUUGGAAAUAGAUGGUUUCAGGGUACAGCAGAUGCUGUCAGACAGUUCGUCUGGUUGUUUGAGGAUGCCAAACAUAGACAGUUAGAGAACAUCCUGAUAUUAUCUGGUGACCAUCUCUAUCGAAUGGACUACAUGGACUUUUUGCAGAAACACAUUGAUUCAAGUGCUGAUAUAUCUGUUUCUUGUCUCCCUGUGGACGAAAGUCGUGCUUCUGACUUUGGAUUGCUAAAAACUGAUGCAACUGGGCAAAUUAGGCAGUUUCUUGAGAAGCCAAAGGGUGAAAGUUUGAAAUCGAUGAAAGUGGAUACAACUGUUUUAGGAUUAACUCCUGAAGAUGCUGCCAAACAUCAAUAUAUUGCAUCAAUGGGUGUUUACUUGUUCAAGACAGAUGUUCUACUCAAACUACUGAGGUGGCAAUAUCCAACAGCCAAUGAUUUUGGAUCUGAAAUACUUCCACUGGCUUUGAAAGAUUACAAUGUUAAGGCAUAUUUAUUUAAUGACUACUGGGAAGAUAUUGGGACUAUAAGAUCAUUCUUUGAUGCAAAUUUAGCUCUUGUUGAUCAGCCUCCCAAGUUUCAGUUCUAUGAUCCACAGAAGCCAAUCUUCACUUCUCCCCGGUUUCUACCACCAACAAAAAUAGAGAAGUGCCGUGUCGUAGAUUCCAUCAUUUCUGAUGGCUGCUUUUUGAGGGAAUGCAGUGUUGAGCACUCUAUUGUAGGGAUCCGCUCAAGACUGGAGUAUGGAGUUGAGCUGAAGGAUACUUUGAUGUUGGGUGCUGACAAUUACCAAACUGAGGCAGAGAUAGCAUCCUUUUUAGCAGAGGGAAAAGUUCCACUAGGUGUUGGUAGAGAUACCAAAAUCAUGAAUUGCAUAAUUGACAAGAAUGCAAAAAUUGGAAAGAAUGUGAUCAUUGCAAACAAGGAUAAUGUGGAAGAGGCAGAUAGACCAUCUGAAGGGUUCUACAUCCGAUCAGGAAUUACUGUAGUGUUGAAAAAUUCUGAAAUAAAAGACGGGACAAUCAUUUAAGUAAUACUCUACAGACGUUGACAAAGUGAAGGAGUUUGGGAUGACACUUUCAUCUCCUGCUGCACAAUCUACUAAUAAGUUGGUGAGGAUGAUAAUUACGAAGUGUUUGCACAUGCUAUUUGAUUUAGUUUGUUCAAGGUGCUUUUUAGCUGAAACAGUUCUCUUGCACCUUUGGUGGAAAGAUCAAGCCAGUGACAGCAUACAAUAGUUCCAAGCCAGGUAGAAUUAAGAUGCAGAUUGGCAUCAAAGUUGCAUUACUCAUCCCAGACUCUGGUAUAAACAUCCUUGAAUAAUUUUACUUUUGUCAAAAAUAAAUGAACAAAAAUGUGUUUCCUUUCGUUCCAUGAAGCAAAGUUCUCUACUUUUUGUAAUUGUUUGUAGGCAUUUCAUGGUUAUUUCUUUCUUA